AUGGACGAAACCGCUACUGAAGAGCAGCGGCCUUUCGACCUCAGCACAUUAUUCCCCUCGUCGGGCCAAUUCGCUUCCCUAGCUUCAAUAAUCAAGCCCGCGGCUCCACCUUCCUCAAACUUCCCGCCUUUUCAGCCAAUGAAGCCAGUCUACGCUCCAUCAGGCUACGGGCGGCAGAUUCUGAUAUACGACUCCAGAGCCUUCCCUGGAUGUCGACGUGAGUUCGCGUACAAAACCCGGUUCACAAAUCAGUCCGGUUUGACCACAGUUUACUACCGGUGUAUGGCGUGUCGUGCCCUCAGGCAUCGGCUCCAAAGACUGGCUCCGAAGGACAAACUUCCAGCUGUACCAUGUAUCGCGGUCAAGAAUGACAUGCUCAUCAACGAUCCCGACUGGCCAGAAGCCUCCGACCACUUCUGUCAACCACUAACGAUCGAGGAAUCCAACAACAGACUGAAGGUCACGUUCGAACGUGGCUACAAGAGAGCCCGCAUGAAGAUGGCCGCCGAAGGCGCAGCCAGACAGAAAACACCCCCAGGCGGUGGAAUUAAAUGCGAAAUUAACGAGUCUAGUCCGUUGAACAUGGAUCAGUGGGCUUCGUGGGCCAAGGGUUUAGAACAAGCGAUUAAACCUGAUGAAGAUGAUGGUACAGCACAAUCGACCAGUAGCAACCACUCGGGAUCAGAUGGCUCGGCCAUGAAUCACACAAACACCUCGGCUUCUGCUGCUACUCCAACCACGUCACCAUUAAGGCUUCUGGAUGACGAUAUGGAGACUUCUGGUCCUCCAGCCAAAAAGAACGGUCUCGACGCUCUACUACAACUUCAAGAUCAGCGAGAAAAGUCACAUUCACCAGACGAAAACCUGAACAGUUUGACAUUCGACAGUUUCAAGAUCUUCGACAACCCAAACCAACCAGAUUUCAACGCUUUGUUCAGUUUGGCAGGACUAUCAGUACCAACAAUGAGGCCGCCGACACAAAGCCCUCAGAAGCCGAAAGCCGGGUCCGAAUUGAUGAAGGCAUUGAACAAGGUUCACAACAGGAAGAAGGAGAAGGAAGCACAAGCUGCAGCAGCCGCUGCCGCCGCUUUCCAAAAUCAGUUCGGAGCUCUACAACAACAGACUUCCGACUACCUUGAAAAGUACAUGAAGAACAACGCUGUUUCGCAAGAAGAUCGUAAGUUGGCUAUUUUAGGUGGCAAAACUGCCAAAAUGUGUUUUAAUAAUACCAACAUAACGUUCCACCUAAAAUUCAAAAACACCAAAAAAUUUAUAAAGAACUUACAGAAAUGUCAAAAAACAUCAAAAUCAACAUUGAAAUUAUAUUACACUAGCUCAUUGCUUCCAUUUUAGUGGCCCAAACUCGUGCCGCCGCCGAAGUGACAUGCUCAUUGAUCCUAGCAUUAGCCAAGAACAUUCCACAAGCUUCAGCAGCCAUGAGAAAAGGAGAAUGUGCUCGUAGAGACUUCAUGGGAGAGGAUUUGUUCGGCAAAACCUUGGCCAUCAUUGGCUUGGGCAAAGUUGGAAUGGAAGUUGCUCAAAGAAUGCAAGCUUUUGGCAUGAAAGUGAUUGGAUACGACCCGUUGGUUACUCGGAAUGUAAGUUUUACAACAUUUUACUGUUGGUUUUGGCAACAAUUUGACCAUUUUUGAGGAUCUUUGUCGAAUUAUGGAGAAAAAACGUGAAAUUAUAUGCAUUGUGUGAGCUAGACGGUAAAUAGGCGUAAACUGACAAACUGUCAUUGAUUUUGGAUGUAAAAACUAAUUAUUGGGGGCAAAUGAGUAACAAAAGUUAAAUUAGGAUUUAAUAAACAUUCUCUUACCCUCACGUCUUCAGGAAGCCGAAAAACGUGGAAUAAAGUACCGCCAACUCAAUGAUAUCUGGUGUGACGCCGACUACAUCACUCUUCAUUGCCCGGUUCUCCCACAAACCACCAAUUUGAUCAACGCCACCACGUUGGGACGCUGUAAACCAACUGUAAAGAUUGUAAACACUUCUAAAUCUGAACUUAUCUACGAGAACGAUCUGCUCGAAGCCUUGAACAGCGGCCGAAUCGCUGGCGCUGCGUUGGACACGUUUGGCGAAGACGGUAGCAGAAAUUUGAUGGAGAAUCCUAAGGUGAUUUGCACACCAAUGCUCUCGGCACCAGCUGAUAAGCCAGUAAACAUUUUCCCAAACUCGGCUAGCUUCUUGGAUAACUUGAAUGCCACGACUUUGGCCGCGGUUUUAGACGAGUCUAAAGUGCAAAGUGUGAAAGCAGCCACGAAUCUAGGCCUAGUAUUAGCUUCAUUGCAGUCGAAUCCAGCUGAAGUAACGUUGAAGCAUCCAGCAUCAGCUCAAGGCUUCAAAAAGGCUCUGAUCGCCGGAGCCAUCUCUGGCGUCAUGCAAGCGGCUUCAGAUGAGUCGUCGAUGAAUGGAGAAGGCAUCAAGGUCAACACGGAGAUUUGCAAUAGUAACGAGUUGACAUUGGUGGCAGGCAAAACCUCAGUGACCGGUUUUACGUCGCCCGCUGGCACUUUGAUCUCGGCCAUUGAUGGAAAAGUGUUGCAAUCGCCGGUGAUCGCUAAAGGCACCAUGGUGAUUCCACAAGGAGGUCAGGUCAUCAGUCAGGAGCUUAAGGUAAAUUUUUUGGGAUGUUGAAAAGGUUUUGUUACACAAAAUGUCAUUUUUAAAAAUUUUGUUACCUAAAAUAUCGUUUUUACGUUUUUGUAACCUAAAAUAUAAUUUUUUAAGUUUGUCACCUAAAAUUUAAAGAAACGGUACUUAAACCUUAAAAAAGCUUAAAUUUGUUAUCUAAAAUACUAAUCGCUUUCUAUUUUCAGGCCAAAUCCACAAUGGAAUACAACUUGAGCGGUGGCGGUCGAAUCAGCUUCUUCGACGAGCUGACCGAGGCAGAGGUGGCGGAUCUGAAAGCCCAAUCCUUCGUUGUAGUCAAGUUCAACUAA